ACUGUCUGUCAAAUCGUCAUCGUAGUCAAGAUGGGAGCGAGCACCAUGACUGGAAAAAUUGCCGUCGGAUUUACGGCGUCCGCGUUCCUGUUUAUCCUGAUUGCGUUCUGCUCGCCGUACUGGCUGCAAACCGAUGGAAAGCUGGCCAAUCCCAAGUUCACCAAUUUGGGGCUGUGGGAGUUAUGCUUGAACGAUUUCCAGGAUAUUCAUCGCUUUUACGAUACCCGCUUCAGCGGGUGCAUGUGGAUAUUUGAGGAGGAGUACUACAUACUGAAUGACUACAUCCUGCCGGGAUUCUUCGUUGCGGUGCAGUUCUUUUUCACGCUCUGCUUCACGCUGCUCCUCAUGGGAUGCAUUAUGACGUUGUUAUUCCUGGGCUGUUCCAAGGAUAACGAACGCUACAUAAUGCUGCUGCUGACGAACGGGACGACCAUGGUAGUGGGAGCCAUCUCUGGAUUAAUUGCCGUUCUGACGUUUGGAUGCAACGGGGACAGUCGAGACUGGAUGCCCAACUGGGAACGGAACGGCAUGGGAUGGGCAUUUGCGCUGGGAGUGGUCGGAGUGUUUCUGUUAUUCCCUGCCGGGAUCCUGUUCAUCGUGGAAGCCAGACGGGCGACCUACCGUCGAUUGAACAACAUUGCCAACGCUGAAAUGGCCGCCUAUACCAUGGACGAGCGGAAGUACCGUGGAGGACACACGGACAUAUAGGGGUUUUUUAGUUUUUGUUUUGUUUUACAAACUAGACGUAAGAGAAGCAAUCUCCUAGAACGAUGUAACGAACGAAUCAUCAAGCGUAGGGUAGAGUUUAACCUAGGAAAGCGUAACAUUCCGUCCAGAUCGCGGCGUUGGCGAUCAUUUAAUUAAGAAAUGCGCAUUUAUGCCCAAAUAAAGAGUAUUUUUAGAAUA